UUUCUUGAAGCUGGUGCAUGAGCGGUGGUUAAUAUUUAAUCAUGCAAGGCUAUAAGAUGGCACAAGUUUCGACAGCCUUUUAUUCGCGAUCGGAUUACACUGCCGUGCGGAAGAAAGGAAGAGACCAGUACAAAGAACACUGCUAGCUGCUUUGCCCAGACUUUCGUGUACAGAUUUUGCGAGUAGAAGCGCAGCACUAUGUCCAAUGAGCAGUACAAGAAUCCGAACAAGGAAACAAGCGCGACUUCCCUGCAAUCAGCCAAAGAAGAGGAGAGCUGUCCCUUGCCCUCGUCCUUGCCCCCUGGCACCACGUUUUCAAUAUCAUCUGCGAUCAACGACAAGCCUCCAUUCAUGAGUUCGAGCCAAAACGUCGUCACACAGUCCCAGGAUGAUGGAGCGCCGUCGUUGCCAGUCCGUGAAUUGGUAAGCAACUCCGAGGAUGACAACGCCUUUUUCGAUACGCCUCCAGGAGCCUGCAACGAGGAGGGGAGCAGCGCUGCCAUGUGCAGGAUCUGCCAUGAAAGCGAUCAAGAAGAAUCGCUCGUGUCGCUUUGCAGCUGCUCUGGCACCAUGGGCUACGUGCAUGUGUCCUGCCUUGAACAUUGGCUUAACAACCAGAACGUGGACGUCUGCGAGCUCUGCGGUCAGCGCUUCCCGAUGGCGGUCCAACCUAGCAGCGUGCUCAGAUUCUUCCACUGGGUUUCGCAAAGCAACUGGUGCCUGCGGCGAGUGUUGCUGAGCUACCUGCUAUUCUUGGGCAUGUUGAUAACGCUCACGGUCAGUGUGUGCUUCGUGGUCCAGCAGGUAGCGGGGUUGGAAGAGCGACAGCGGGACACUCACCUUCAAAGGUUUUUACAUGCCUUGCUCCUCUUUAUGAUAACCCUAGCCUUUAGCGGUUUGUACAAGCUUAUGUUCGACAGGCUCUGCGAUCUGUACGGUCAUUUCCUGGCGUGGCAGUUGGCGCAUCCGGUGCGCCGGAUAGCGCCACUGCCUUCUGAUAGAGUAGUGGCUCUCUCCGAACAUAAAGCAACGGACGUCAGGGCAGCGUGA